AUGGACGAGUUCAAAGCUGGGUUCCCAAAGUUCUAUGCGGGCACGAAAGCCGGUACAAGUGAAUGCCACUACUACGGCUUCUGUGGCCACGAGAACAAGGUCUUCUGUCGCGAGGGCUACAAAAGUGCCGCCGGCGUUCUCGCACACUUGGGCGACGUCAAGGAAGCUCUUGAUGCCGCCGUCGGCAUAGUUGGCCCAAGCGGAUUGGACUUGUCCGUCAUGGGCCCUGCCGCCGAGCUAGCGAAGCUCAAAGAAGCUAUGGGCCCGUUGGGUGCGAAGUUCUGGGAGCUGGACGGUGGCAGCAUGUUUCGAGGUGGCCUCACCGAGCAGGACACCCAUGUGACCAUCGUGCCAUACUUCACGGUGCCAGAGGGCAAGAUGGAAGAGUUCAAAGCCGGGUUCCCUAAGUUCUACGAAGGCACAAGGGCUGGAACAAGCGAGUGCAUCUACUACGGCUUCUGUGUGCACGAGAACAAAGUUUUCUGUCGCGAGGGCUACAAAAGUGCCGCCGGCGUUCUCGCACACUUGGGCGACGUCAAGGAAGCUCUUGAUGCCGCCGUCGGCAUAGUUGGUCCAAGCGGAUUGGACUUGUCUGUCAUGGGCCCUGCGGCAGAACUAGAGAAGCUGAAAGAAGCUAUGGGCCCGCUGGGUGCGAAGUUCUGGGAGCUCGACACAGGUGCUUUCUGGAAGUGA